AUGGCGCGCCUAAACGAGCCACCGGUUGCGCCGCCGCCAUCGGCGGAGACUUUGGAUGCUGUGAAGCGCCGUUUUUUGCGACAGAAUCGCGAAUUAGCCAAGACAAAUUCGCAGCAGUCUAUUCGCAUCCGGAGUCUCGAGAACGACUGUUCGCGACUGCUGGCAGAGAAUUUGGCGCUGAGGGAGCAGGUCUUGAAUCUGCACAACAACAUCGAGUCGCAACCUGCAUUGGAUCACAUUGACGCGGUCAAAAGCGAACUUGAGGCUAAGCUUUUGGAGCUUGGUGGUCUGGUUGCAGGGCUGUCGAAAGGAAAGAAGAGUACAUCGGAGAGAAGCACAGAAAGGCGCAAGAGUCAGGUCUCAGCGCGAAGAAGGAGUGGGGAGAGACAAUGGAGGAGUGGACUUGGGCUGCAAGAGGUUGAAAAUGGCAUGUUGCCGACAAUUACAGAGGACAAGUACUAUCCUCGCACCACUCUUGGUGCCGAAGAGCUUCAACAAGUGCUCAUUGAUCCUGAUAGCCAAUCGCCCGAUAUUGGCCCCCCACCUGUGUCGCGAUUCGAGGAUGAACCCAUCGCUUUCAACACCGAUGCUCGCGCAGAGGAGCCGGUAGAAGAGCCGGCAGAGGAGUUGGCAGAGGAGAUAGCAGAGGAGCCAGCAACAUCCGAAGAAGCCACACUGUCUGCCAAUCUCGAGACACGUAAGAAGCGGCGAGAGAGUGGGCCCAAACUGAACAUUCGUCGCGUCUCACUAUUUGAAUCCGCAGAGGAGACGGAGGAGACAGCCAUGAAGCCAGCCCGCGCAACCAAACGAAAAUUCAGUGUACAAGAAGAUGAGGAUAGACUUCUCUCCAAAGGAGAGCCAUUCAGGUUCAGCCGCCGAACUACCCCAGCUGCUUCGGAAAUGGAGGCAUCUAACGAGGCAUCUAGGCCCUCUUCGCCUGAACGACCUGUUCUUGGAGCUAAACCUGUCAAUACCGAUCCAGUUGUUACAGUGUCACCAAAGAAGCAGCGCUCCUCUGUUGAGGACAAACCGGAAAAGCCUGCUAAACCUGUAACCAAACAUCGUGUUCGCCCUCGUUUGAACAUUACGCGCAAUAACACGCAACCUGACUUCCCCGUCCUACCAAUGCCUGAACCAAUACUGACGGCCGACAUCGUCCUCGACUCGCUACCACCGAAGACGCCAGCUGUGGAAUCCAUAUUUUCUCCUCCUUCCACGGAGCCUUCGACCCAGCGACCAGAAAACAAAGACACGCCUCCACCCGGCGAUCUCAACGCUGCUGUCCAGACCGGACAAGGGACUCGACCUGGGCGUCGUGCACGCCCACAAGUCAGCUACAAGGAGCCCAGUCUCAACGUCAAGAUGCGACGCCCCGACGCCAAGUUGGUGGACGCAGUGGUCGAUCGAAGAACUAGUGUAGAGUCUCAAUCAGCACCUCCGACUACGAUCAAGCGCCAGACAGCCGACGAUCUGAACUGGAAGCCAGUGACAGCUAUUCCUGGUCGUGGGGCCGACGAGGAAGUUGAAGUCGGAAGUCCACUGCGACAAAAGCUCGAUAGGCAAUCGCAAGACACGAAGACCUCGCCAACCACAGAAUCCACAGUAGAGCGUUCGACCGCUUCCAAAGCCAUAUCAGCAUUGAUAAACGAGACGAGCACGGCUAAACGGAGAGCAUCCGCUUCAGCAGAUGCAUUGGUCUUGAAAACAGCAACAGAGCCUGUGGUAGCAAAGUCUUCGGACCUGGUAGUCCCUACAAAGGCCCCGAAUGUUAAGCCAGAACCACAAGAGGCAGACAACAUGGCCGUAUUCGAUUUCGCAGAGUCUUCACCCGUGGAAGCAGUAGCUAACCCCCGAACGCGCAUUACCGAGCUUGCAAAAGCGGCACGAAGCGCACGCCGUCACUCCACUGUCGCGAAUACAUCAUCUACGACCGAAGACCACAAUGCAGAAAAGGCUAGCGGCGCACUCCCCAGUCUGCAUAAGCGCACGGGUAGCGGAACUACAAGAAGCACCAGCACUACAAAUUCAGGCAUUAAGAGUACCACGAACCUGGGCAAGAGCACAUCCGCGUCUGGGAGACUGUCUGCAAAAGAGAAGAUGGCUAUUGCCCCACUUCCUCCCAGCGGAAGCAGUAUUGAUCUCCGCACAAAAGCUGAGGCUGCAGCCUCUGAGAAAGAAGCACAGCCCAUGACAGCGAGAGAGACGAGUGCUCUGAGGGCCGAACGGGCCGCGAGUCGGAGAAAGAGCAUGAUGCUGUGA